GUCACAUGACAGGCAAGAUGGCGACCACCGAGCUUGUUGUGGUGUUGACGGUGUUGCUUUCUGUGGUUGUAGGUGAGGAAGCAAAUCGAGUCAGCGUCCACGCCGUAUUUGAUGAAACAACUGGCGGGUUUCAGAUUCGAGAGGGACUUGCCGCAGAUGAUUCCCUAGCAUGGGCACAGUUCAUCAACUCCGUCAAUGAAACUGGAUGGGGUUAUCUCGAGGUGGGAACGCCGUUCUAUGAAUACCAUCAGAAGCACAACGACUCCAUGUUGGCCUACGCUGCCGGACUGGUCGAAGGCUACCUCACACGUGACCUCAUCACCAUGCACUGGCAGAACACCAGGGCCGGCUACUGUGACGAACCCUACUCCGCCUACUGUCGGCGUCUGCGCGACUUCCUGGAGACCAACCUUAACUGGAUUCGAACCUCCAUCAAAAACAACCCUGAUGACCCCUACUGGCAUCAGGUUGAGAUGUUCUACACGCAACUGCGGGGGAUGACCGACGGCUACAACAACGACCCCCAGAGGCCGUCCCUGGACAUAGACCCAUUCGGAUUGUAUAUGUUCCAGAUCAGCGAUGACGUGGAGGACCUGGAGGUGGCACUUCACAAACCCGGCGUCACGGUCGACCAGCCACGACGUGGUCACUGCUCCGCCAUCGUCAAAAUUAACCCUGAGUACAAGGACGUCUUAGUCGCCCACAACACGUGGACGGGCUACAAUAACAUGGUGCGCAUGCUCAAGAGAUACACCCUGCAGUACUGCCUUACUAACACCAAGAAGGGUAUGCUACCCAUGGGCAGUGAAUCAACCUUCUCCUCCUACCCCGGCUACCUCGUCUCCUCCGACGACUUCCACGUGCUCUCCUCCUUGAUGGUCUCCUUGGAAACAACCAUCCCUAACAACAACCCCGACCUGUACCAGUUCACCACCCCCGAGGGGUGCGUGUUCGAGCCUGUGAGGGUGUGGACGGCCAACCGACUGGCUACAACAGGAGAGGAGUGGGUGCUGAACUUCACCCGCUACAACAGUGGCACUUACAACAACCAGUGGAUGGUUGUGGAUCAAAAACUGGUUCAAGGAGAAACUCUACCCCCGGGGGUACUGACCGUUGUGGAGCAGCUACCAGGCCACGUUGACUACGCAGAUGUUACUGACGUCUUAACGAAAAACACUUACUGGGCCAGCUAUAACAUCGCAUACUUCCCGAAGAUAUUCAAAAUGAGCGGCCAACAACAGUUUGUGGACAAGUAUGGGGACUACUUUACACACGACAUGUGCCGCCGUGCUCAGAUAUUCCGCCGCGAUCACCACAAGGUCACGGACAAAGAAACGCUAUAUAAAUUGAUGAGGUACAACGACUUCCAACACGACCCCCUGUCUAAGUGCAACUGCACACCGGGGUACAGCGCUGACCUCGCCAUAGCUGCUCGCGACGACCUCAACGAGGAAACCGGAACCUACCUCUAUGACGACCUCGGAUACGCCAUGGGCGGUGCUGUAGACGUGAAGAUGGUGGAGACGUGGGAGAUGCAGUGGCUGUUGUUUGAUGCUGUCUCGGGGCCCACGUAUGACCAACAACCGCCGUUCCAGUGGUCUAAGGUCAAGGACGCCGACAAGUAUCCCCACUUCGGACAACCAGACAUAUUUAACUUUAAACCGGUGUCAUUUAACGGAACACUGAUACCCCCUACCACGCCAUCUUGGUACAGGGGCACGUGAAACCUCGAUAAUCCGGCCGGUACUCACACUGAAAUCUUUACAAAUGUCCAGAUAAACGAAUCCGGGUAAUAUUCCUUGUCAUCUCCACAAAUGUUCCUCAUGCGACACGAGUCCGGAUUAUCGAAAUAUCAGUGUAUUCAUGUUUCAAAAGAAGCUAAAUCUUAUGUUUGCGUUUUCAAGUUCACGUUUUCAAAUUUUAUGUUAUGUAAAGAAUCAAUAAAUUAAUAUUUUGUCAUGACAA